GGGAUGGUGUGCAUCGCGAACUUUGGUCACACUUUCAGCAGCGUCUUUAAGCGGUUCCGGCUGUUUAUUUAUUUUUUAUUAAAAAAAACGCCAUCAACAAUGUUUUACCACAUAUCUCUGGAGCACGAGAUCUUGCUGCAUCCACGCUACUUUGGUCCGCAGCUGCUGGAGACCGUGAAGCAGAAGCUUUACUCCGAGGUGGAAGGAACCUGUACAGGAAAGUACGGGUUCGUGAUAGCAGUUACGACGAUAGAUCAGAUCGGGUCCGGAGUCAUCCAGCCGGGCCAGGGAUUUGUGGUAUACCCAGUAAAGUAUAAAGCAAUCGUCUUCCGGCCUUUUAAAGGCGAAGUGCUAGACGCGGUGGUCAAACAGAUCAACAAAGUGGGCAUGUUUGCAGAAAUCGGCCCGCUGUCCUGUUUUAUUUCGCAUCAUUCUAUUCCCGCCGACAUGCAAUUCUGUCCAAACGGUAAUCCUCCCUGCUACAAGAGCAAAGAUGAGGACGUGGUAAUCUCCGGAGAGGAUAAAAUUCGGCUUAAAAUUGUGGGAACUCGAGUAGAUGCCACGGGAAUUUUUGCUAUUGGCACCUUGAUGGACGACUACUUGGGAUUGGUGUGCAACUAGAAACAUACGGUUUGUGUACAAUUUAAAUAUAUAUAUUAAACUUUAAUGAAAUGCAUUUAGACAGUUAAACAUCUAUGUGUAUAUAGUAAUAAAUAUGUAUGUACUUUA